CGUCACUUGUCAUUAGUGUCAAACGGCAAAAUUAAAAACAGCAAAAAUGGCUGAAGCCAAUAAAAUUACAGUGCAGGUGAAAACACCCAAGGAUAAGAAAUCAAUUGUAACAUCAGAGGAUGCAGAAAUCAAAGAUUUCAAACAGCAAGUCGCUGAGGCCUUCGAAGCUGAACCGGAACAACUUUGCUUGAUUUUUGCUGGUAAAAUCAUGAAGGACACAGAUACCUUGAAGACACACAACAUCAAGGAUGGCUUGACAGUUCACUUGGUUAUCAAGGCACCGCCGCGCGAAGAGCCCGAAGGUCCUCGACGACCUCCCGCGGAUAUCAGUGCAACGCCCUUCGGCUUGAACCAACUUGGGGGCUUGGCUGGUUUGGAGAGUUUGGGUGUCGGUCCCGGAACAUUUAUGGAGUUGCAAUCGCGCAUGCAGAACGAAAUCAUGGGAAAUCCGGAUUUGAUGCGGACCGUCUUGGAUAAUCCGCUUGUGCAACAAAUGAUGAAUAACCCGGAGACGAUGCGCAGUAUCAUCACGAGUAAUCCGCAAAUGCAGGAAUUGAUGCAACGAAAUCCCGAAAUUUCGCACAUGUUGAACAAUCCGGAGUUGUUGCGUCAAACGAUGGAAUUGGCACGGAACCCGGCAAUGUUGCAAGAGCUAAUGCGAUCACAUGAUCGGGCAAUUUCCAACUUGGAAAGCGUUCCCGGGGGGUAUAAUGCCUUGCAACGAAUCUACCGUGAUAUUCAAGAGCCAAUAUUGAAUGCCACAACGGAAUCGUCACGCAACAUGUAUUCCGGUUUGGGCGGUGGCACGGGCGAAAAUCCGCAACAAGGAAGCGAAAAUCGUGCUCCGUUGCCAAAUCCAUGGGGAUCGAGUGCAACGCAAACGCCCAACUUGAAUACGCCAUCAGCGGCAAGUUUGUUGCAACAAAUGUCCGAUAAUCCGACGUUGAUGCAAAACAUGAUGAACGCCCCUUAUACGCGUUCCAUGCUCGAAGCGAUGCAAGCAGACCCGAAUAUGGCGGCAAAUCUCAUCAACCAGAGCCCUCUGUUGGCGGGAAAUCCAGCGUUGCAGGAACAAAUGCGCAGUAUGAUGCCGCAAUUCUUGCAACAACUGCAAAAUCCCGCGAUGCAAGACGCAAUGACGAAUCCGCAAGCGUUAAAUGCCAUCAUGCAGAUCCAGCAAGGCAUGGAACAGUUGCGUCAAGUAGCUCCGGGACUCGUGGGAUCUUUGGGUGUGCCACCGGUGCCGCCAAUUACGACAACCACACCGACUUCGGGGCAAAAUACGACAACGUCGACGACAGCAGGCACCGGAAAUCCCGCACUUUUCACGGAUUUCAUGUCGCGCAUGAUGCAAGGCAUGGCCAACAACACCACAAACACAAAUCAACCGCCCGAGGAACGGUAUUCGACGCAACUCGAACAACUGACCGCCAUGGGUUUCGUUAAUCGUGAGGCUAAUUUGCAAGCGUUGAUUGCCACGUUCGGCGACAUUAAUGCCGCCAUCGAACGACUACUGGCCCUCGGACAGUUAUCGCUAAGUUAACAACAUUCGAUGUAGACAACCACAUUCUCCUCAGCUGAAAAGACGGUGCGCGAAUGAUCCUUUAUCAAAUUUAUUAUUAUUAUUAUUUCCUUUCAAUUCAAACAAACAAACAAAUAUGACACCAGAGUCAACAAAAAAAAAAUAAUAAAACAUAUUAUAUUAGUGUGCUAGCAUUAGUAGUGUAGUAAGGACUUCAAAAAUUCAAAAAAAUUGACGGCUCACUCAAGAUCGAGAUCGCUAUUCCAAAAAAACAUAAAAAAAAUCAACAUAUUUUCUAAGAAUUUGUGACUUUUGCUUAAAAAAAAAUAAUUGUAAAAAAAAUUCGCUUCGAACGAAACAUAAUAAAACUCUUUAAAUGUCUAAAAGUUGUUUCAAAAGACAAAAAUUUUUUUCCGGCAGUGUGUUACAAAUAUCUAUCUUUAUGAAAGGGCAGCUUAUAAAUACAACUUUGUAGAAAAAUCGGUGUAUUUUAUAGUCUAAAAAGAAAAUAAAAUAAAUGUUGAAAGCAUUUUAAAUACAAAAAAAAAUAAAUAACAAACGAGAACAAAUGAAGCAAUUUUACUAACAGGUAAUGUCUAAGGGUUUUCCUAUUGUAAGGGGUUCUUAUAAGAUUUGGAGAAAAACUAUAUAUUUAUCGCAUAUUCAAAAUUUCAAAUUCAUUUAUGUAUACAUUUAAAAAACAGAAAAAAACUCAA